AAGAAGAAAACGCGAAACAUUUUAAAACAAACACAUGUAAAAAUAUUUAUUACAAAUAUUAAUAUGUACACUUAACGGUAACGAUAAAGAGUCUUCGGUUUGGGAUUGUUCUUUAAAUCGAGUACUUGAAAAUCGAAUGCAAAAGUUUUACUUCACUAAUGUUUACAUUUAUACUAUUGAAUUAAAACGAAACCAAACAGGUAUUGUUAAUAAUAAUGUCGACCAAUAUUAAAUCUUCUGAAGAUGAAGUAUUAAGCUUACGCAGAGAAAUACAAGCAUUAAAGGAGGAGUGCGAAGCAAAGGAACAGAGACUCCUUGAAUUGCAGAAACAGAAAAAUUCAACAAUAGCGACAGAGUAUGGCAGCCGAUUAAGCAAUGAGGACAUUGAAAGAUAUAGCCGCCAAUUAAUUUUACCUAAUUUUGGUGUAAAAGGCCAAAUAAAAUUGAAAGAGACUUCAUUUCUAAUUGUGGGACUGGGAGGGUUAGGUUGCCCAUCCUCACAAUAUCUAUUGGCUGCUGGAUGCGGCCGUUUGGGUUUAGUCGAUUACGAUGAAGUAGAACGGAGCAAUUUUCAUAGACAAACUCUUCAUACAGAAGCAAGAGUCGGAAUGACAAAAGUAGAUUCAGCUAAAGCCGCUUUGUUGGAAAUAAAUCCCCACUGUCAAAUUGACUGUCAUCGUCUAUUGCUAAAUAGUGAAAAUGCCUUGGAACUGCUGCGUCAGUACGAUAUCAUAUUGGAUUGUACGGACAAUGUGGCAACUAGAUAUUUAUUAAAUGAUGCUUGUGUAAUGUUGAAUCGACCACUGAUUUCAGGAAGUGCACUACAGAUGGAUGGUCAGCUGACCGUAUAUAAUUAUGGUGAUAAUGGUCCCUGUUAUAGAUGCCUAUUCCCAGUACCGCCGCCACCAGAGACGGUUACAAAUUGUGGAGAUGGAGGUGUAUUAGGAGCUGUAACCGGUAUCAUUGGUUCGUUGCAAGCACUGGAAGCCAUAAAGGUGGCAUUGGGAUAUAGCAGUAGUGAAGUAUUGUCAGGCCGUUUACUUCUUUUCGAAGGUUCACGCAGCAUGUUUCGGAAUAUACGACUUCGGGGCAAGCGUACGGACUGCGAUGUUUGCUCAAAAACGCCUUUAAUAAAUCAUCUUGUUGACUACGAACAAUUUUGUGGUAUGCGGGCUUCAGAUAAAAAUGUUGCUUUGAACAUUUUAUCCCCUGAAAACCGUUUGACCGUCGAAGAAUAUCGUGAUAAAAUUGAAAAUAAUCCUCACAAGUUAAUUGACGUCAGACAACCGGCUGAAUUUGAAAUUUGCCAUUUGGCUAAAUCUGAAAAUAUACCUUUAAAAUCACUUUUAGAUGAUUCGUAUUUAAAACUUAAUGACGAAUCAAUAAAAAGCUCAGAUCAGCCUAUUGUUUUGUUGUGUAGGCGUGGAAAUGAUUCACAAAUAGCUGCUCAGCAUUUAAUACAAACAUUUCCAAAUCGUAAAAUAUACGAUAUUAAAGGUGGUCUAUACUCUUGGCAUUAUAAAAUAGAUAAAAAUUUGCCAAUUUAUUAGAUAGCUUGAAAAAAAAAGCAUUGAUGGAAACAAUGUUAGACACAUUCAGGACAUGUUUAAAAUAUUAAUUGUUUUUUGCUUAAAAAUAAAAUAUAUUUUUUGUUAUAAAAUUAAA